GAUUAGUACUCUAAAGUCUCAACCUUUCUUCUUCUAUCAUCGCCGCCGCCAAAACCUCUCUGUCUCUCUCCCACUUCUUCUUCCUCCUCCUCCUCCUCGCGACGGCGACAAUGGCGACACUCACUCAUCAAACCCCACAGACCCAUUUCCUCUCCAACCUUCCUCUCAAGCCCAAACCCAGAGCCAUCUCCGCAAGAGUCAAAAUGUCUCUCCACGAAUCCGCGCCCUCUCUCGCCGUCGUCGGCGUCACCGGCGCCGUCGGGCAAGAGUUCCUCUCCGUCUUAUCCGACCGAGACUUCCCUUACAGCUCCGUCAAGAUGCUUGCCUCCAAACGCUCCGCCGGGAAACGCGUCGCCUUCGACGGGCGCGAGUACACGGUGGAGGAGCUCACUGCGGAGAGCUUCAACGGCGUCGACAUCGCGCUGUUCAGCGCCGGAGGAUCAAUAAGCAAGGCCUUUGGGCCACUGGCGGCUGAGAGAGGAACCAUCGUCGUUGAUAACAGCUCUGCUUUUCGUAUGGUUGACGGCGUCCCGCUUGUGAUACCUGAAGUGAACCCUGAGGCGAUGAGAGGGAUUAAAGUCGGAAGUGGUAAAGGGGCGUUGAUUGCGAACCCUAAUUGCUCCACCAUUAUCUGUUUGAUGGCUGUUACGCCUCUUCAUCGUCACGCCAAGGUGAAGAGGAUGGUGGUUAGUACGUAUCAAGCAGCUAGUGGCGCAGGUGCUGCAGCUAUGGAGGAGCUCGUGCAGCAGACUCGCGAGGUUUUAGCGGGCAGACCGCCGACUUGUAACAUCUUCGGACAGCAGUAUGCAUUUAACCUGUUCUCACAUAAUGCUCCCAUUACUGAGAAUGGUUACAACGAAGAGGAGGUGAAACUUGUUAAAGAAACAAGGAAGAUCUGGAAUGAUACAGAAGUAAAAGUAACAGCGACGUGUAUACGUGUUCCGGUUAUGCGUGCUCAUGCAGAGAGUGUGAAUCUCCAGUUUGAGAAUCCCCUGGACGAGAACACAGCAAGAGAGCUGUUGAAGAAAGCACCUGGAGUUUAUAUCAUAGACGACCGCGCUUCUAACACCUUCCCUACUCCACUUGAUGUCUCUAACAAAGACGAUGUCGCCGUUGGUAGGAUCAGGCGAGACGUGUCUCAAGAUGGCAAUUACGGGCUUGACAUAUUCGUAUGUGGAGAUCAAAUACGCAAAGGAGCUGCUCUCAAUGCUGUUCAGAUCGCUGAGAUGCUCUUUUGAUUUCGAUUCUCUCACUUGCCAUGACAUCUCUGUAUGAGAUUUGAGCGAAGACUUUGUCUCUUUUUUUUUUGUUUCCCUUUGACGAAUUUUUGUUACUUUCUUAUACACGAAGUUGUCUCUGAAAAUUAAUCCAUCCCUACGCUUGAACCUUACCAGUUACCGGUUCGAACCAGUACCGGUUUGGUCAAUGGAAGAUUCAAUUUAGCA